AAACAAAACUGUUGCAUUUUUUUGACGACACCAAAAAGCUGCUAUUAGCAUUUUCUUAGCACGAUGGGAAAAUCGUGCGAUUUCGAAUUCUGGGAAGAAAGCUUACCGAUUAAAAAUCAUACUUCUCCUCCGCGGUGGACAAAACCAAGAGCCGAUUUCAGACAAGAAACUCAGGCUUUGAUUCCGCAAAACGAUCACCAAUACAGCCGUAUACUGUCUCCAAAAUCGCGUGUGAGGGCAAUCGAGGAUGGCAGAAGGGAGCUCAUGGAGAUGGUGAAGAACAUUCCGGAAUCUUCCUACGAACUGUCACUGAAAGAUAUAGUUGAUGGUCAUCAAAACGUGGAACAAGUAAAAGAGAAGAAAAAGAAGCAUAAGGCACAACAGAGUAAAAAAACCAAGAGUGGUCAAAUGUGCAGGACUGCAAGCAUGGAGAGCGAAAUGUUCUUGCUAAAGGUGUUUGUACCUGUAACUCUGAGUUUCAAGAAGAAACCAAAGGCUGUAAAAAACUCGGAAAUCUGUGCGGGCCCGUCAUCUGACAAACAAAGGACUAAAAACUGGUGGAAGAUGGUAUCUUUAGCAGUUAAAGAUAAUCAGAACAGCAGAAGAAGUAAUAUCAGCAGCAAUAGAAACAGUGGGAAGAAAUGCAAACCAAGAGAACAAAGAGGAUGCCUCUUCUGAAAGAGUUUGACACAGGCUACAAAUGAUAAUCACUCAAACAAGCCCAAAAAGGUAAUUGCACACGAAAAUGCUCAGAGCUCGAAGAACUGCGGAGCUCGGAUUGGAAUGUUGCUUAAGCAGAGGGCAAACGAGAAUCCCGUUUAAAUGUAAUUUUGAAAAAUUCCACCAUUUGUUCGA